CGCGACCGCCCGGCGCUGCGGGACCCGAGCCGGCGCUGGAGCUUUCGCGGGCGCCCGGCGGCGGGACCCCAGCGCGGCGACGAGGCCGGGGCGGGCAGGCCGGAGGAGGACGCACCGAGUCUGAGUCCCCAGGCUGCGCACGAGUGAGAGCCAGCGCCCGGAGGUGCCAAUGUCUUCCGGCGUGGCCCCAGCUAAGGAGCCCAACGCUACGGGCCCCAAGGCCGUGGAACUUGUCCUGGUCAAGGAGCAGAAUGGGGUGCAGUUCACAAGCUCCACCCUCAUCAACCCCACGCAGACCCCCGUGGAGACCCAAGAACGAGAGACCUGGAGCAAGAAGGUCGACUUCCUCCUGUCGGUGGUCGGCUUUGCCGUGGACCUGGCCAACGUCUGGCGGUUCCCCUACCUGUGCUACAAAAACGGCGGCGGCGCCUUCCUGGUCCCCUACCUGCUCUUCAUGGCCAUUGCUGGGGUGCCGCUCUUCUACAUGGAGCUGGCCCUGGGGCAGUUCACCAGGGAAGGGGCCGCGGGCGUCUGGAAGAUCUGCCCCCUGCUGAAAGGCGUGGGCUUCACGGUCAUCCUCAUCUCCCUGUACGUGGGCUUCUUCUACAACGUCAUCAUCGCCUGGGCGCUGCACUACUUCUUCUCCUCCUUCGCCGCGGAGCUGCCGUGGGUCCACUGCAACAACACGUGGAACAGCCCCGACUGCGUGGACGCGCGCUCCGCCGGCCCCGGCUCCAACCGCACCCUCCACACCACGCCCGCCACCGAGUACUUCGAGCGAGGCGUGCUGCACCUUCACGAGAGCCGUGGCAUCGACGACUUGGGCCCCCCUCGGUGGCAGCUCACAUCCUGCCUGGUGCUGGUCAUCAUCCUCCUCUACUUUAGCUUGUGGAAGGGAGUGAAGACUUCUGGGAAGGUUGUGUGGAUCACGGCCACCAUGCCGUACGCCGUCCUCUUUGCCCUGCUUCUUCGAGGACUCACUCUCCCUGGGGCCGUCGACGGCAUCCGAGCGUACCUGAGCGUAGACUUCCACCGACUCUGCGAGUCUUCUGUCUGGAUAGAUGCAGCCACCCAGGUGUGCUUCUCGCUGGGCGUCGGCUUCGGGGUGCUGAUCGCCUUCUCCAGCUACAAUAAGUUCACCAACAACUGCUACAGAGACGCGGUCAUCACCACUUCGGUCAAUUCCCUGACGAGCUUCUCCUCCGGCUUCGUGGUCUUCUCCUUCCUGGGGUACAUGGCCCAGAAGCACAGCGUGCCCAUCGGAGACGUGGCCAAGGACGGGCCCGGGCUGAUCUUCAUCAUCUACCCUGAGGCGCUGGCCACGCUCCCGCUGUCUUCGGCCUGGGCCGUGGUUUUCUUCAUCAUGCUGCUCACCCUGGGGAUCGACAGCGCCAUGGGCGGCAUGGAGUCGGUGAUCACCGGGCUCACCGACGAGUUCCAGCUGCUGCACCGGCACCGGGAGCUCUUCACCCUCUCCAUCGUCCUGGCGACCUUCUUCCUCUCCCUCUUCUGCGUCACCAACGGCGGCAUCUACGUGUUCACGCUGCUGGACCACUUCGCGGCCGGCACGUCCAUCCUCUUUGGAGUGCUCAUCGAGGCCAUCGGGGUGGCCUGGUUCUACGGCGUGCGGCAGUUCAGCGACGACAUCCAGCAGAUGACCGGGCGUCGGCCCAGCCUGUACUGGAGGCUGUGCUGGAAGUUCGUGAGCCCCUGCUUCCUCCUGUUUGUGGUCGUGGUGAGCGUCGUGACCUUCAGACCCCCGCACUACGGAGCCUACGCCUUCCCCAAGUGGGCCAAUGCCCUGGGCUGGGCCAUCGCCUCGUCCUCCAUGUGUAUGGUGCCCGUCUACGCGGCCUACAAGCUCUGCAGUCUGCCCGGCUCCCUGCGGGAGAAACUGGCGUACGCCAUCACACCUGAGCAGGAGCGCGAGCUGGUGGACAGCGGGGAGGUGCGCCAGUUCAGGCUGCGCCACUGGCUCCUGGUGUAGAGGACGCAGAGGCCGGGGGGCCCCGCCGCGGGAAGCCGGGCUUCGGGAGAGACGGCUGCUCGGAGGGUCCCCCUUCUGCAUCCCCGGGACCGCACCACGCAGAGGCUCAGCCCUGACCCCCUGCGCCCCUUCCUUGCCGCCAGGACGGGACUGGCCGUCCGUGCUGUGUCGCUGUGAUCACUUGCCGUAGAUCUGUGCCGUCCCCGCAGGUAGAAGACGUCCGUCCGUCCGCGUUCCGUGUGUGCCCCACCAGCUCCCCUCCCCGGCCGCCCUGCAGCGCGGGUCCUGCUGUCGCCCGUGUGUUGAGGAGAAAAGUGGUAAUUGUGGAUGCCAAGAGCCCAGUGCUUGUAACUUCCUGGGUGUUCCGUUUGGGCUCAACUUAAGAAAGCCCGUUGUCAUAUUUCGCCUCAUUGUGCAGAAGGCACAGCGGGGAAACCGCACAAGGCAACAAACUGGGGGCCACCACGUGUCUCCACGCCACGCACCCAGUCGCUCGCGGCCCCCCAAGGGCCCCGGCGUGUGCAGCGCAGAUGCUCUGUAUUUCCUUCUAGCCAAGAGAAAUAAAACUCCGGGGGGUCCGAGUGAACCCCAGUCAGCCGUGGCCACCUCACGUGGACCCCCGGCCAUGGGAGAAGGCGUGCUCCUCACGUGUGGAGCGCGUGCCUACCUGGCGGGCCCUGACCACACAGCGUGCCCGUGGCAGGCGGCCUGGAGACCUGGGCCCUGGAGAGGAAGCCCCCCCGGGACUUGAUUUCUCGCAGGCACACGUCGCAUCAGUAACAACACCGUUUACGUUAGGGAAUGGCUGUUUUAAAUCCUUUUUCCCUGUGAAUCAAAGCCAGUUCUCAGAACGCAGGGUUGGUUUCUGAACAUCUGCUUGCCAACGUUCCAGUUGUCGGUUAAGGAAUAUCAGCCACGCCGGUGCAGACUGCGGCCCGCGUCGCCUGGAGGGAAGCAGCUGCCAGAAGUCAGAACCCUGCCGCGUGGUGGCCCAGCAAGGGGACCCUGGUGCCCGGGGCCGAGGAGCUCCCCGCGCAGGGAAACCAGCUCGUGUACUGUCGGGGGUCGUGGCCAACAGGAACCGGGUCUGCCUCCUUCUGAGGAGCUGAGUACUCUGCAUAGAUAACGGGUGUCGCAUGUGUCUGUCUGUGUCCGUGGUCGGCAUCUUGUGUGACGCAUCACCAACAAUAAAUCCAUGUGGGAAAAAUCA